AUGAUUUUAACAAUUAUUUUAACUGUCGUCGUCGAAACGAUAACGUCGAAAGAAGAAUCAUCGAUAAUAACUUUCCCCACAAGUUUUACCGGUUUCGAUAUAAGAAAAAAAUUUAAUCCGGACGAUGUUAAAAUAUCAUCAUUUCGCGAGGGUAUUAAAGCCGUUCAAAGCGUGGCUGGAAUAUUGCAAAAUCUUUUCCUAGAAGAAACAAUUAAUUUUGCCGCAAAUAAUUGGAUCAUUUCUCCAGUUAGUCUCGCUGGAGUCUUUGCACAAUUGCUAAUGGCUUCCCAUAACGCUGGAGAAAAAAAUCACACGAGAUUGGAAAUCCAUAGAGAAUUGGGCGGUUUGUUACAAUAUUUCAAUCGUCCACAGGAUAAUAAUAAUGAUUACGUACUUUUAUUAAACAGCGUCGUUUUUCUCCAGCCGGAAUUCGUACUUAAACCGACAUAUAAACACGCAAUAUGGGAUUUUUACAACACUCCAGUAAUUCCAGUAGAUUUCACGUAA